UUCUUUGGGGAAUUCUGACCAUAAAUGAUUCUUGGGCGCCUUAUCUCUCUCUCUCUGCUGCUCUUUACUGUCCCUCGUUCCCAUACUACUGAGUUGCCAACUUCAAGGUUGCCACUUUUCCAUCGAUGGCCAUACCCCGCAUCCUUAAACCUGCCAUUUUAGCGUCCCCAUCUUCACAUUUCACUCCGUCUGUACCCUCACUUCCUAUUCCAUUUAAAACGCACUCUAAGUCACUCUUCUUCACCAUCAUUCCUUCGGGAAUUCACGGCCACCAUACCCCACCACCAACAUUAUCCAGAAGAUUGUUCCUUCCUUCAGUUUCUGGAAUCUGGGAUGCCUUGACCGGCGGUAACAAUGCACAUGAAGCCGGUGUUGCCAUCCGCCGCGGAAUGCUGCUCUUUCGGCAGGGUGAUGUUCAGGGUUCUUUAGUGGAAUUCGACAAGGCAAUUGAGUUGGAUCCUCGUCAAAAGGCAUAUCUUUGGCAAAGGGGGCUCUCGUUAUACUAUCUUGAUAGGUUUGAAGAAGGGGCAGAACAAUUCAGGUUAGAUGUUGCACAGAAUCCAAACGAUACGGAGGAGUCCAUAUGGUGCUUUCUUUGUGAAGUUCAGCUAUAUGGAAUUAGUGAAGCAAGGAAACGAUUUCUUGAGGUUGGCAAAGAUCCACGUCCCAUCAUGCGGGAAGCUUAUAACAUGUUUAAAAAUGGUGGGGAUCCUGAAAAGCUUGUUGCUGAAUUUUCUAAUGGCCAGGAGAAUGAAAAGUUUUAUGCUUCUUUGUACGCUGGGCUUUAUUAUGAAUCUGAGAAAAAAGCUGAUGCAGCCAAGCUUCAUGUACUCGCUUCAUGCCAAACUCCUUAUGGACAGAGGUCUAAUGAUUAUAUGGCUUCACUUGCGAAGGUUCACUGCAUCUGUCGAAAUUGGAGCUUGAACUAAAUUAUUUAAGCUCAUACUUGAAGUUGCUUUCUUCACUACUCUCGCUGCUCUCCCAAGUCCUAACAAAUAUUUAGAUAAUAUUCAUAAUAAAUGAUUCGGAGUACAACAAGAGAGAUCUAUGCAGCACUGAUCACAUUGAGCCAAUGCAGCCGUGCCAUUAGAAGCCUUUCGAGUUAAUCAUCAUAGCAAGAUCUGUUAUUUUUUGUUGUUCUGUUUAAUGUCAGAGUCAAGUUUAUGAUUGAUAAAAUCACAGGUAUCCAUGCCCAGUUGGUUGCAGCUACUUUACAACCUUGGUAGAUUUUACAUUUUAAAAUCAUGGUAGGAUGGUUUAGAAUGCGAUUUGUUUAACAAUGGUUUAUUAUUAGCUUUUUCAUCCCA